CACUACUACUAUUUAUAUGUGCGGCCUCGAAGAUGUUUGCUCUGUAACUCUUCUCUCUUUCUCUCUGUUUCGCUUUGAAUUGAAUUUUCCUCAGAGUUCAACCCAAAACAUCAACCCCUUUUGGCUGCAGAGCUCUUCCACCCGCCAUUCACGUGUUUCUCUUUUCUUGGUCAGAGGAAUGAAAUUCGGAAACUCAAAGUUUCAUUGCCGAGUGGUUCAGACAAUUAAUUGAAAUAGACCUGCUUUAAAUUGGGAUCAUUUUGUGCAGUUUCGACUCUGGGAAAUUCAGCUUCUUUUACAGCCGGCUUGCUUUUGUUUCCUUGAUCUUUCGAUGAUUUCAGGAGUCCUUUCACAUCUGAAAAACAUAACUCCUUGGGAAAGUUUAAACUUGGAGCAUAAUUUUUGGAGAUCACCCCAACUAUUUUUGUCGUUUUGUUUCUGUAGCUAUCUGUUCAUCUUUUCCUCUUUGUUUUGUCACCUUCUAGAUCAUUGCAGCAGUUGCAACAACGAUAUGAUUUCCAUGAUAUAAUGAAUCCAAUCUGGACGGCUGAGACAAGCUGAGUGGUUCUUCGGGGCACGAAUUUCCUUGAAUUUCUCUUUUCAAGAUGAUCUUUUUUUCAGAUUUAAGUGGUGAAGGAAAACAUCUUGUGAAGCUGAUAAGAUGUCAAUAGAACAUCACUUUGAAGAGGCUAUGGCUCACAAUGAUUUCCACAGAGAGGACGAGUCUUCCAAGGGGAAUUGGGGAUCUACCUCAGAUGCAGCGGCCUAUUCUGAUGAAAAUUCUGGUGGUUUUGACUGCAGCAUCUGUCUGGAUUCUGCGCAAGACCCUGUUGUAACUUUUUGUGGUCACUUAUACUGUUGGCCCUGCAUUUACAAAUGGCUUCAUUUGCAGAGUGUUUCUACCGAGGAUGAAGACCUGAAACAGCAGCAAUGUCCCGUGUGCAAGUCUGAAGUUUCUCCUGACACACUUGUCCCACUGUACGGCCGGAGGCAGACCAUACGACCGUCCACUGGCAAGUCCCCUCAUCUUGGGGUAUUCAUUCCACGGAGGCCACCUGGUCCUGCUUGCGGGAUCGACCCUCCAAGAUCGCCUGGCCACACACUGAACCCACGCUUUAUGUCACAGCUUCAGUAUCACAAUCAUCAACAGCAAUCACAGCUACACCACCCACAACCGGAAAGUUAUGGUGCCUCACCUACACAGCGCUCUGCUGGUGGCAUGACCACAACAAACACGAUCGGUCCGGUGAUCGGUAUGUUUGGUGAAAUGGUUUAUGCAAGGUUGUCUGGGGAUUUGAUAACCAAUAUGUAUGCAUAUCCAAACUCGUAUCAUCUUGCAGGAAGCACUAGUCCUAGGAUGAGAAGGCACAUAAAGCAGGUCAACCAGUCACUUAACAGAAUAUGUUUUUUUCUUUUGUGUUGCACUAUUUGGUGUCUUCUUCUGUUCUGAUAUAAUUAUCUCUUCUUUGUUGUUCAAUAUGUAAUGUAAAAAUUAUAUGAGUAUCUGAAUAUAGGCACUUCAGCCAGCGUAAUAGAUGAUGGAGAUAUCUAGCCUGUGCUUUUCUGAGAUAUGUAAUUCUGAGCCCUCAAGUGUAGCCUUCAACAAUUUAUUAGAAGUGAACCACACUAGUCACUUUCUUUAAAUUGAAGGAGAGGGUGGUGUAUAUUGGGCAUUGCGUUAAGAUGUGUUACAUGUAAAACAGCUUGCCCUUCUCUAUCAAUUUUAGGUCAGCAGCAUUACCUGGGUAGUGGGCACAAGAGGUUGUUGAAUCAGUUUUUGUCCAAAUUAAGAGUAUAAAUUGCAGUGAAAAUUUCUGCCCUCAAAA